AUGACUAUUAACCUUAAUGAUUUUCUUCAUGAUGGAUUUCUUGAUAUUUCUCUUCUUCAUAUUUCUCAAUUUCCAUUAACUUCACAAUAUUGUAUUGAAAAUGAAGUUACAGGAUUAAAUGCUUCUUCAAAUAAUUUUAUAUUAAUUAGAGAUCUUAGAGAAUAUGUUAUGUUAAAAGAAAUUGAUUUAUCGUUUAAUAAAUUAAAUACUAUUCCUUUUGUUCCUCCGUCAUUAAAAAAAUUAAAUAUUAGAAAUAAUGAAUUGUAUCAAUGUAAUUCUUUUAGUACACUUACUGAACUUAAUAUUUCUCAUAAUAAUAUUGCUGCUAUUCCACCAAUGAAUCAUUUAUUGAAUUUAGAUUGUUCAUUUAAUAGAAUAUUUUCAUUUCCUCCUAUUUUAUCAUUAACUUCUCUAAAUAUUAUUUCAAAUCAAUUAACUUCAUUAGAUCUUUUUCAUGAAUCUUUAAUAGAGUUAAAAUGUUCAAUGAAUAAAUUAACUAGUGUUAUAUUAGAAUUAAAUCAUUUAACAUUUUUAGAUAUUUCAAUUAAUCCAUUACAACAUUUAGAUAUAACAAAAUGUAGUUCAUUAAAUACUUUAUAUUUAAAUAAUUGUAAUUCAGAAUUAUUUCUUUCAAAAUUACCAUUAUCAUUAAAAGAAUUAUCAUUACAAUCUUGUGGAUUAAAUAAAUUUCCUAUUGAUUUAACUCUUUUAUCAAAUUUAACUUCAUUAAAUCUUUCAUCAAAUGAUUUGUUAGUAUUACCACCAAUUUAUACAACAUUACAAUAUCUUAAAACAAUUGAUAUUUCAAUGAAUUUAUUAGAAUGUUUUCCUGUAUUUCAUCCUUCUCUUGAACUUUUAAAAAUUGGUGGAAAUUAUUAUUUAGAAACAAUUCAUAUUACUCCUCCAUAUCAAGUUUUAACUUUUCCUACAUUAAGUCCAACACCAAUUAUUCAAUAUAUUCAUUUAGGAUCAUUUUUAAAUGCACAUAAUGUAGAUUAUAUUCACAAUUAUAAUAUUUCAUCAAUUUUAUUAGUUGGAAUUGAAAUUCCUUCUUUAUUUCAAGACCAAUGUGAUAUUUUAAGAUUAGACAUUGUUUCAGAAGAAGGACAUCAAUUAUAUGACGCAAUACCAAAUGCAAUUAAAUUUAUUAUUCAUUCUAUUCAAAGAAAAGAAGGUGUUUUAAUUAUUUGUGGAACAGGAGUUAAUAAAGCACCUGCAAUUGUUAUUGCCUUUUUAAUGUAUUAUCAACGCUUAUCUUUUAUUAAUGCGUUUAAUAAAGUUCAAGGAUUAUAUCCAUUAAUUGACAUUGAAUCAGGGUUUAUUCGUCAAUUAAAAUUAUUUGAAAAGAAACUUGAGAAAAUGAAUUCUAAUUGCAUUAUUGUUUAA